AGGUAGUGCAUUCAAAACAAAUGCUAUUAAUUAUUUCUUACCAGACUUUAUCAAUCUACGAAUGAAGUCUGCUGUGUGAACGCUUGAAUAAGAUCAGAAGGUUUGAACUACCGAAGCAGCCGCGUACGCCACCUGUAACUCUAAGCAAAUAAAUCACCCAAUUAAUUUUCUGCCAAAUUCGCAUGCUGUCCUCACAAGAGAAACAUCACAGAUAACGUGGCACGCUGCUGUCCACCAUAUCCAAUCUUUGCUGUGUACAAAAGGCCAGUCAGCCAUGGGCAACGUAAACAAAAUUUUGCAGAGCCCUAAAGAGAUUGAGAAGGAUGGAAGAAGGGCUGAUGUUGGGUUUUCAUCUUACAUUUCUUUCUGCAACACUGUGUGUGCUUUUAGUGUGUUCUGUAGCUGCUCUGUUAUUGAGAAAAUGGAUGGGGAAUCGCUGUUAUCUAAUAGCAUACGCCUGCUACAAGCCUCCAGAUGAAAGAAUGCUCAACACAGAAGCCUCCGAAUACGUUAUUAGUAAGAGCGAUCCGCCGCCUGAAUCGUUGCGCUUUCAGGUAAAUGUUCAUAUAAAAUCCGGCCUGGGACAGCGGACCUAUGCGCCCAAUUCCUUUUUCCAAGAAAAUGUCGUGUCUAGUAUGAGCGAAGGGUGGCUGGAGAUGCAAGAGACCUUUGUGGCGACUCUCGACAAACUUUUUGAUAAAAGUAAUAUUCGACCCUGUGACGUCGAUAUACUGAUCGUUAAUGUUUGCUGUUUCGCCCCUGCUCCUUCCCUUUCUGCUUGGAUUGUGAACCAUUACCACAUGCGAGAAGAUGUGAGGACGUAUAACGUUUCUGGCAUGGGGUGUAGCGCUGGGGUUAUUGCCCUGGGUUUGGCUAGGGAUUUGCUGAAGGUGCAUAAGAAUUCCUAUGCUGUUCUUGUGAGCACUGAGAAUUUGACCAUGAACCGUUAUGAGGGUAAUGACAAGUCGAUGAUGAUGUCCAAUUGUUUGUUUCGGGUUGGGGGUUCGAGUCUGCUGUUGUCCAACAAGGCGGUGGAUGGAAGCAGGGCUAAGAUGGAGCUUGUGCAUCUGGUUAGAACCCAUCUGGGACAAAAUGAUCAGGCCUACAAUAGUAUUGUGCAGAGAGAAGAUGAUGAGGAUGUCAUGGGGGUGUCUCUCAGUACUUAUUUGAUUGAGGCGGCGGGCAUUGCUCUCAAGAACAAUAUAACCACACUGGCGUCCAAGGUUCUGCCCAUUUCAGAGCAGAUGUAUUUUGUGUACAACCUGCUGUGCAUCAAGCUGCUCAAAGCUUCUGUCAAGCCCUACGUGCCCAACUUCAGGCUGGCUUUUGAGCACUUCUGCAUCCAUCCUGGUGGCCGGGCUGUGAUCAAUGGCAUUGGAAAAAGCCUCAAGCUCACCGAUUAUGACACAGAGCCUGCUCACAUGACACUACACAGGUUUGGCAAUACUUCUUCGAGCGGUUUGUGGUAUGAACUGGCAUACAUGGAGGCAAAGAGGCGAGUGAAGAAAGGGGACAGGGUGUGGCAGAUAGCAUUGGGAUCAGGCUUUAAGUGUAAUACUGUGGUGUGGAAGGUGCUGAAAAAGCCUGAUCCAUGUGAAUACAAUGUGUGGAGUGAUUGCAUAGAUGAUUAUCCCUGCACUACUCGGAACCCUUUUGAGCUGGAGUACAAGCAGCGCUUUAAUCUCUUAUCUAAGCAGAGUUAAGUAAGGUUGUUUGCAUGCUACAAUCAUGUAAAAUGCAGUCCUACAGUACUGUCCUAUUUGUUUCUUUCACUACACAUCCUAUGGCUUUCCAAGAAGCAAGUCUGGUACUGUAUAUUUAUUUGUUUCUAGAAUUCCAUUUGCUUUAUGAGGCAAGCAGAAAUCAUUGAUAAGGUGUCAAGAUUUGAAUGGCUUACAUAACCUGCUUCUUAGGAAUGAAGAUUUCAAUGAUGACCUUGUGUAGGGACAAAGGUACCUGGGAGCUACCAUGUCCUACAGGGAUCUGUAUAGGUUAUAUAUGGUUUGAUAUUCAUUGAACUUGGACUUACUGAUAUAAAAUGCUAAUAAAAACAUCAGCAUUGAUAGUAAAUGUGUAUUUGCUUUUGGUGACAAGCUUGGAGUAAAUGACAGUCUUAUCUGGUGGAUUUUUCGUUUAA